GCUCUUUGGUUCUCUUUCUUGGAAAAGUUGUUGCAAGACGCGAGUGGAUGUCUUUUUUUUACAUUUUGUGCGAAAUUUAAUCAAGCGAAAGAACUUUAAUUUAUCUUACAAUUCUGAACAUCGGAGGCAACAAAUUAAAUACAGAAAUAAGCUAUCUUAGUUCAUCAAAAAUGACAGGUAAUCGUCGAGAUAGGUCUCGCUCUCCAAUGAGAGUGGACCAAGUAGGCCGAAGGCGCGACAAGAGUAAUCAUCAAGAUGGCAAUAAGGGAGGUGAUAUGUCCAAUGUCAUGAACCAAAUGAUGAUGUCUAAUAUGUAUCCCCAGGGUAACAUGAUGAUGGCUGGAGGAAUGUACCCUAACAUGAUGAUGUCUGGAGCUAUGAUGGGAGGUGGCAUGAUGCCCUCCACAGGAAUGGAAAUGAUGUCUAACACUGGAAUGGACAUGAUGCCUCAACCUCCAAUGGAUAUGAGUGCCAUGGCUGGCCCACAGAUGGGGCCCACAGGUGGGACACCCAUGGACAUGUCGAUGAUGGGAGGCAUGGUCAUGGAUCCCUCCAUGAUGGGGAUGUAUUCUGGAAUGGGUGAUAUGUCAGGCCAAGAAAAGAAAGAGAUUAUCUACAAGAACUGCAGAUUGAUUCCACCAACACCUGGCACUCCAGAUCCGCCUAGAAGAACACGUCCUUCAGGUUGUCGGACCAUAUUUGUUGGUGGUCUACCAGAGAAAAUCAGGGAAAGUACUGUGAGAGAUAUAUUUGAGCCUUAUGGCAGGAUCCAUACUUUGAGAUUAUCCAAGAAAGAUUUCUGUCAUAUAAGGUUUGAUAGAGAAAACUCCGUGGAUGCAGCCAUGCAAUUGUCUGGAUAUCGCAUUAAGUUAACUGGUACCAAAGAUGAAGAAGAAGAUGACACAAAGGCAACUACUGGUUGGUUGCAUGUAGACUAUGCUUUGAGCCGAGAUGAUCAAAAUGAGUACGAUAGAAGACAGCGCCAGGCCAUGCGAGUGCAGCAACAGCACAUGCACCAUCACAUGACGUCACAACAAGACAUGGCGAGCCGCAGCAUGGCGGCGUCCUAUCGGCGCUCUCCGUCCCCAAUUAGAAUACAACCAUUCUCCAACCCUGCUAUGGUCCAGUUGGUUGAGAAAAUUAAGAAUGAAGAACACUUUGCUAGUGCACUGCCUACCCUGAUUGCCUGGCUAGAACGUGGAGAAUGCUCUAAGAAGAAUUCCAAUCAAUUUUAUUCCAUGAUACAAGGAACUAACUCGCACAUCCGUCGCCUUUUCAAUGAAAAAAUGCAAGCUGAAGAAGAAUUACAGGAGUGCAAAGAUAGAGUGAAAAAUCACAUCGAAAAAGUGUUUGAACAACUCGAGCAGGUGGCGAAAGUGUUUACAGCAGCCGCCCAUCAGCGAGUAUGGGAUCACUUUACAAAGCCACAGCGGAAGAACAUCGAGACGUGGCAGAAAAUGACGCAGGACUUCAAUACACUGAAAGAGGAGUUUGCUGAGAAAUUCCUUAAUGAGGAUGACUUUAAUGGGUAUAAUAACAAACCACUGGACAUGGGCAAUAGCGAGGCUAUACAAACAUUGAAGGCAGAGAACGAUAGCCUCAAGUUCCAGCUGGAGGCGUAUAAAAAUGAAGUGGACGUCAUUAAAGCUGAAGCUAAGAAAGAAAUGGAGAAAUUCAAAGCACAAUUCAUUGCCAGGCAGGCUUUACAAGGCGCAAUGGAAAACAAGAACCCGCCGUUGCCGUCACCGGUGGUUAAGCCGCCUCCGCCGCCGCCGCUACCCGACGACCUGGAUGCCAAGGUGCACCUCAAGGAAGCCGUCGAGGCUGGCUGUGGUGAAGCCAAACUCAUUGGAGUGGUCUCUGCAUUCUUGCAGGUGCACCCGAACGGUGCCAGCUUAGACUACGUAGUGUCGUACGUACGCGCGUUAUUCCCUCACGUGUCGCAAGCGACGGUUCAUCACGUGCUGCAGAAACACGCCGAUGCCUUCCAGCGAAGCACCACCGGCGUCGGCGCCAAUAUCGAGCACAAGUGGUUCUUCAUCGGAUUCAACAACCAAGAACCAAAGGACGAAAAAAACUAAACUUUGUCUAUGGUCGUCGGAAAUCAUGGCGGGGUUAGCGGUAAAUUAGUUCUGUACUUUAUUUUAUUGUAAAAUAAGUCGUUUUAACACGGAGAUUGACGUCACAAA